ACCAGUUCGAGACACCUGCUGGCGGAAGUAGCAGUCAGUGUACUUGCACACAACAAGAAAAAUGGGUGGUCUCUUCGAAAUGGACUUUUUGGACGAUGUCCGACGCAUGAAUAAGAGACAGCUGUACUACCAGAUUCUCAAUUUUGGUAUGAUAGUGUCCUCGGCCCUGAUGAUCUGGAAGGGUUUGAUGGUUGUGACUGGCAGUGAAAGUCCCAUCGUUGUCGUUCUCAGUGGGAGUAUGGAGCCGGCGUUCCACCGAGGUGACCUGCUGUUCCUCACCAACUACAAGGAGGAGCCCAUCCGUGUGGGGGAGAUCGUGGUGUUCAAGGUGGAGGGCCGAGACAUCCCCAUCGUACACAGAGUCCUGAAAGUGCACGAAAGACAAGACGGCACAGUGAGGUUCUUGACCAAGGGAGACAACAACUCGGUGGAUGACCGAGGCCUGUACGCCCCGGGACAGCUGUGGUUGGAGAAGAAGGACGUGGUGGGCCGAGCCCGAGGAUUUGUGCCGUACGUCGGCAUAGUAACAAUAUUGAUGAACGAUUAUCCAAAAUUUAAGUAUGCUAUUUUAGCAUGUCUUGGGAUCUUCGUGUUGAUACAUCGAGAAUGAUCACGUGACCUCAUCAGCCAAUCACCAGUUAUUUCAUCUCGUUGAGGCGUGUGUGGAUGUAACCGUUUCUAUGUUCAACAAUGCUGCUACAUGACUUGUUAUCGACAGCCUGGAUUGGAAAUUUUAUGUUUAAUCUUAAGUUUGAGUAAUCAUGAACUGCUUGCUUGAUUGAUACACAUCAUGACGUUAGUGUGAAUGGGUAAAUAUUUAACGUAUUUGACGUAUGUUUUGCCAGAGGUGUCCUCCCAUUGCUACACAUGCUAUUUGUCACGCGCUAUUUGUCACACAAACCUUAAAACUACAAAGGACCGGGUUGACAAAACGGACAAUCCCCUAGCUCUAACCGGACUGUUAGUGUAGAGGGGGCAAGGGUGGCCCAGUCUCUAAGGCGCCGCGAUUCGCUGUGCAGAGUUGUGUCCCUUGGGCACGCCAGAAACCUAUGAUUGUGGUUUGAAUCCCGGUUCGCCCU